UACCUACAGUAGUGUCAACAUCAAACAUUUUUAAUAAAGGAAAGUACUUAUAUGAUUCAGGCACACAGGAAACUCAUUUUCAGAAAGAUGAAUGAUAUUUUCUAUGUACUGUUAAGAAGUGAACUUGGGAGUUAUUUCUAGAACCAACCUUAACAUCCAGAAAUUUCUGAAGCAGGAGUUAUAUUCACCCAGGAAAAGGUCAGCUUCAUUUAGUAAAGUGUACUUUUUAUUUUAUGCUUUCUUUUUGCUUUUGCUAUUGCAACUUUUGUUAAUGGCCAUUUAUUUUUCUUUCUUAAAUAUAUAUUUUUUAUUUUUUUCAGAGAGAGGAAGGGAGAGGGAGAGAGGGAUAGAAACAUUAAUGAUGAGAGAGAAUCAUCCACUGAGCCACACUGGCUGGGCUGUUAAUGGCUAUUUAGACCAUAGGUGACCUGUUGUGUGGUAUCAGCAUUUUCCUUGUGGCAGUGUUAUCACAAAGCAGGAAAACAGGGUAAUAGAUAUCAAGGGUUUCUUUCAGAAAUUCAGUUAAUCCAGGUAGUUAUUGCCAAAAUUCGGUAACUUAGAAUAACAGCAACUUCUGCUCAUGAAUCUGUAGAGGCAGCUAACGUAGCUUCACAUGCACUGUGCAUCGGUAUGCCCUGGACUAUUUCACAUGCCUCUCAACCUCCGUGGACAAGGAUGGCACAGAGGACACUCAUAAACAUAUUUCAAUGUUUGCGUCAUGCUGUCUGCUCGCUGUGGCCUAUCUGAGAGCAGCAGUGGCUCCGGCCAGCAGCAGCUGUGCGGCCUCCUCCCAAAGGCAGCGUUUCUGCUGUCGGCUCAUCCGCUUGCUCUGUUCACUCACCUGAGCAGGUAGGUCUGCAUGCACUCACCCGACAGCCACGCAAACUGCAAAGACAGGGAGAAUGCUCUGGAGAAUAAGACUUAUCAACGGUUUGGUACUUAUUCAUAUAUUAAUUUUAGGAUUAUUUAAUGCGAAGACUAACAAAGGUUCUUUAAGUUUAGUUAGUUAAUACCUGCUUUAGUAAGAGAAGCUAAAAAAUAUUCAAAUAUUUUAAAUAGCUUGCUUUACACAUGCUUUUUAAGAUGUCAGACUUUUAUGAAAACUUUACCUAUGGAAAGUUGGGAAAUUUGGUAAGCUGAAAUAUGAUUUUUUUAAAUUAUCUUUAUUGUUGAAAGUAUUGCAGAUGUCCCCUUUUGAAAUAUGAUUUUUAAAACCUCCUUUUCUUGUACAUUAAAAAGGAAAUUCCAUGUUGUGUACUUGGCUACUUUUAGCAUAAUAAAAGGAGUCUUCCUAGAGAUUUUUGUAGGUUUUGAAAUUAAAAUGUAUCGUGUUGUUACUAUAUUCUAAAUUACAAAACUAAAAUCUGGUUUGCACAACUAUUAUUUGGUAAUAAUCUUGGCACAUUUCUGAAUGACUUCACACGUUAGUGUGCGUGUGUCUAUACAUGCCACAUAUUAGGUGAAUUAACUUAAGAAUCUUUCAGUUAUGAUUAUUGAAAUCGGAUACGUAUUAUCUUAUACAUGUACACAUAGCAGAAACACGUUCAGGCAUAGUCUUUUGACCACAAUACUGCUGUAGAUUGUUUCCCUCUUAUCUAUGGGACUAUGGUGAUGGAUAAGCAAACAAAUGGAUUUUCCACAUUUCCUGUUUCUUCAGGAUGGAAACAGUUUGCUUCCAGCGAUGUCUUACCCCGAGAAUCACGACCUAAACAUUUGGAAAUUCUGUCUUCCCUGCUUCUUGUCUCUUUCUUUCUCUUACAAUAAGUAUUUUUCAAAAAUAUGCUUAGUAUUUUAAUAAAAAUUAUUGGAUAAAUUUCAGAGCUACAAACAUAUUUUAGGAAUAAAAUUAUUAUCAAGUCCUAAUUUGUUUCCAAAUUUAUAGGGUAGAACAAAUUUGUGUGGGCUUAGCUCAGAAAUUUAGCAAAAGUAUGAUUUUAAUAUGAAGGUAAAAGUAACUCAUAGAAAGAAUUAUAUAAGCAAAAGAAGCACAAAUAAUAUAAGUAUACUAAUAAUUAUUUAACAAUACUUUUUAGAAGUUUCACUUGAAACUUAAUUCAUAUGCAAUACAAUUGAUUUUAUUAAAUAUAUUUUUUCUGAUUAUGAAAGUGAAACAUUCUCAUAGUAGAAAAUGUGGAAGAUGUAGAAAUGAUAGAGAAGAAAGCAAAACUCACACAUUAUUUCCCCACCCAGGAAAAAUUAUUGCAAAAAUUUGAUAUUAUCCUUGUUGUAAUUUUUUGUUUUAAUCUCAGCAUCUCUGAGUAAACAAUAUUGAGAAUUUGGAGCAUGCCAUUCCAUACCUAUUUUCUGUGUGUGUGUGUGUGUGUGUGUGUGUGUGUGUGUGUUUGUGUGUUGCUAGAGAACUUUACAAAAUUAAAUUUUUGCUAGGCAUCAUGUGAUCUAGUUGGGAAGUUGAACUCAUAAGCCCCUCACCAACCCGGAUAACAACUGGAAUUUAGUGAGAUAGUUGAGAAUUUAAAUUCCAGGUUAAAAUUUAGUGUUUUGUCAAAAAUGUAUUAUUUUUAUUUCAAAAAUCCUUAUUUAACAAGCAUUGCAUCGUGUCAUAUUAUUAUAAUCAUUUUUAAUUUAAACUGAAAUUUUAAUUCAUCAAUAUUCCUUUUAUUCACCUCUUACUAUCUAAAAAACUUUGGUUUGAUUUUUUUUAUUGUUAGAGUAUUUCCUAGCGUUUCUCAGAAGAUGGUCAUCAAUAUAUAUUUGUUGUCUUUCUUUUACCUUCAUUUGGUUACUGUUUGGCUAAAUAUAGGAUUGCUGAAUUGCCAUACAAUUUCCUUAAUUGUUUCUAAGUUCCUUAGAGCCCCCUGGCUUCCAUAAUUAUAGAUGCAAAGUCCUAUGCUAACCUGACCCUCUUUCCUUUUUACUUUUUAAACUGCCUUAUUGAGGCAUAAUUGAUAUGCAAAGAACUGCCCGUAUUUAAUGUGUACAAUGUGAUGAGUUGGACCUAUGCAAACACCACCACCACCACAAUCAAGGAAUUUAUAUCCAGAUGCCUAUGAGGAUUUAUCCUUUAUCUUUGGAAUUUAGAGCCAGGAAAAGUGUUGUAAAAAUAUGAGUGAGGAAGCCUCUGAGUUGUUUAGUUUUUAUCUGGAAACCUAACAUCUGAGAUGCACAAAGAACAAGGCAUACAAAAUUGGCAAAUGACUUUUUCAUCUUCUAUGAAUUUACUCUUCCAAAAUUGAACACGCUUCCCCCCGCUCCCCACUUUCUCUUACUGGUUUUUAGACCCUAGUUUCUCCUGAUUGAGUGAACUUACUCAAGAUGACAUCAGGUUUUUGGGAUAGAUAUAUGGGAAUAAAAGGUGGAACUGUAACCUGAUUGUGGAUUUCAAAGGAAGAGUCAACACACAAAGGAAAAAAUAAACUAGUCGAUAGCCUUCAGGAACGAUGUCCUUUUGCCAUAAUAUAGUUAAUAUUUCCUGUGUGAACAGCAGCUGGUCAAAUGAUGUCCGUGCUUCCCUAUACAGUUUAAUGGUGCUCAUCAUUCUGACCACAGUGGUUGGCAAUCUGAUAGUUAUUAUUUCCAUCUCACACUUCAAGCAACUUCAUACCCCAACUAAUUGGCUCAUUCAUUCCAUGGCCACGGCGGACUUCCUGCUGGGGUGCUUGGUCAUGCCUUACAGCAUGGUGAGGUCUGUUGAGCACUGCUGGCCUUUCGGGGAAGUCUUCUGUAAGAUCCACACCAGCACUGAUAUCAUGCUCAGCUCAGCAUCCAUUUUCCACUUGUCCUUCAUUUCCAUUGACCGAUACUAUGCCGUGUGUGACCCGUUGAGAUACAAAGCCAAGAUCAGUACCUUGGUUAUUUUUGUGAUGAUCUUCAUCAGCUGGAGCGUCCCUGCUCUUUUCGCAUUUGGAAUGAUCUUUCUGGGGCUAAACUUCAAAGGCGCUGAACAGAUGUAUUACAAACACGCUUAUUGUUCAGGGGGCUGUUCUGUCUUCUUUAGCAAAACACCCGGGGUCCUGGCUUUCAUGACUUCUUUCUAUAUACCUGGAUCUGUUAUGUUGUAUGUCUAUUACAGAAUAUAUUUCAUAGCUAAAGGGCAGGCAAGAUCGAUUAACAAUGCAAAUCAGAAGCUUCCAAUUGGAUUGGAAGAGAAAAAUGGAACUUCACGGAACAAAGAACGAAAAGCUGCAAAGACUUUAGGGAUUGUGAUGGGGGUUUUCCUCAUAUGCUGGUGUCCUUUCUUUGUCUGCACAGUCAUGGAUCCUUUCCUGGACUAUACUAUCCCACCCCCCUUGAAUGGUGCAUUGAUUUGGUUUGGCUACUUGAACUCUACUUUUAAUCCAAUGAUUUAUGCAUUUUUCUAUCCCUGGUUCAGAAGAGCGUUGAAGAUGAUUCUAUUUGGUAAAAUUUUCCAAAAAGAUUCAUCUAGGUGUCAAUUAUUUUUAGAAUCAAAUCCAUAGAAUUACAAUGCUUUACUGUUUUGCAAAACAGCUGGUGGUGAUAUUUAUGAACACGGCGUAACCAACUUCAUGCAUCAACUGCAUGGUCUUUAAGUCAGCUACUUGAUUUAAAGAAUGUAUAAUGAGAUGGGAUGAUUAUAUCUUGCUUCCUACUUGGGAUAUAGUACAUAUGAUCUUUGCCAUUCUUACCAUACAUAUGAAGCUUUGCAAGUCCAGAAUGUAAGGUACUACAUUUAAAAAAACUUUCCUGUUUUUUCAAGUACCAUCAUGGAAUUGAAAGUGGUCCUCUACUCAGUUAUUCAGGGGUAGAAACCAUAGGCUACAUUGGAAAUGCAAAUUAGAGUACUUGGUCAUAUAUUUGCUUGAAUAUGUAUGGUUGUGUUGUUGUUAUUUAGUAAAAUUACACAUAAAUGUUAUCUUUAAGUAAUUAUUUAUAUAACUCUGCUUGUUAUAUGUACUUUGUUGUUGUUUUUUUUGUAAAAUUAAUUAAUUUUAGCUGAUUUGUAAUCAGCUAAAAUUACACAUAAAUGUUAU